AUGGUUUCAUCCCCAGCCUCACCGCCGAGACAAAGAGGGAAGAGCCAGACUUCCAGCUGGUUGAAGUUAAAACUCGUAAAUCUCAACAAUCAUCUAACUCACCUGAAGAGACGCCAAGCCAAGGCCAUGACUCUAGACCUUUCCCUCCCCUCCACUUGCCCCGCUCUCUGCGUCUACGGCGACUACAGCUGGGACGCGGCCUCCUUCGCUCUAUACACACUCAUCGAUCUUUCACCAGAAGACCUCGAGAGACUAUUAUCCAUCCUAAACAAAGAAUGGCUCGAAAAUAAUCCCACACCCAUAGUCCGCACCCCCAAAACGCACAACUUAGCCGGCAAGAGGCUCAAGGACGCUGUCCAGGCUCAGGUCGACUUGGACAAGGAAAUCACUCCCGUCUCCGGCGGCCAGGCAAAGGGGGUAAUGGGCUGGUAUCCGACCGCGUUCAUCGUGGUGACGACACAGGACUGGGCUGACGAGGGUCUGCUCUUUGUGUUCAUGGAUGAUACCGAUGAUGAUGAGGGUAAUAAGGAGGAUCCGGAGGUCCGUCGGAUGGAUAAAUUCUUCUUCGAGGUUGAUGAUGCUCCGCUGUUGUUGUCGAGUUUCAGUUUUGGGGACUUGGCUUUUGUAGAUGCGAAGGAGCAGUAUGGGGUUGAGUAG